AACUGCAUCAGUCCAGGGGUACAGAGUGUACAGUAUAAGUUAGUGCAGAUCGACCUGCAUAUCGACUUAUCGACUCCACCUCGGGACUCGAUAACAGACACCGCACAACCUCCAACAAACAUGGAUCCCCAAGUCAGAGUCGGAGUUGGAGUCUUCGUACUCAACUCCCAUGGCAAAUUCGUCAUCGGCAAACGACAAGGAAGUGUUGGUGCCGGCACAUGGGCUCUACCAGGCGGUCAUCUCGAAUUCGGUGAAUCGUUCGAGACCUGCGCCGAGCGCGAAGUCCUCGAGGAAACCGGGAUGAAGAUUUCGGAUGUUCGGUUCCUGACUGCAGUGAAUUCAGUCAUGGGAGACGAGAAUAAACAUUAUGUUACUAUCUUCAUGGGAGCCCGUGUCCAUGGAAGCGAGGAACCGAAAAUUCUUGAGCCGGAAAAGUGUGAGGCCUGGGAAUGGAUUUCGUGGGAUGAGAUGAAGGCUGGUGUGGGCGAGGGGUGGAACUUAUUUAUGCCUCUUUCGGAAUUGUUUAAGCAGCGUCCGGAGUUUUGGGUAUGA